AUGGCCUGCUUUAUUGCUGAGCAUAAUCUGUCUUUUAACAUAGCAUCUCAUUUGAAUAAAUUGAUUUGCGCUGUAUGUCCAGAUUCGAAAAUUGCCGAGCAAUUAUCUAUAAGCCGCACAAAAGCUAGAGCUAUUAUUGUUAUUGUAACUGGGCAGACAGCUGAAAAACAUAUAAUAGAGAUGUUACAGAACAAUUGCUUUGCAUUACUUGUUGACGAAAGCACAGAUAAAUCUACGAUAAAACAUUUAGCGCUUGUCGCUAGAAUAGUAAAAUUAGAUUUCAGCGUUGAAGAUAGAUUUCUGACUUUAAUACCAAUCGUAGAUGGUACAGCAACAGCGUUGUAUGGCAAAAUAGUAGAAUAUUUUGUUGAAAAAAAUAUUCCUUACAAAUCAAACAUGAUAGGCUUUGCUUCUGAUGGCGCUAACGUUAUGUUUGGAGAUAAACAUUCAUUGGUAACUUUGUUUAAAAAUGACAUACCUCACAUUUUUACUAUGAAGGGCAUUUGUCAUUCUUUUAACCUAUGCGCAUCAUACGCAUGUGAGAAAUUGCCAAGGGGCGUGGAAGAUUUCUGUAGAGACGUAUAUAAUCAUGUACAAAAUUCACCGAAACGUAUUGGAGAUUUCAAAACAUUUCAAGCAUUCACAAAUAUUAAACCACACAAAUUACUCCACCCUAGCCACACCAGAUGGUUGUCGCUUAUUGAGGUAGUAAAUAGGUUUCUGGAACAAUUACCAGCUAUAAAAUUGUAUUUUCAAGCUGCAGUUCAUAUCAAUAUGGAUGCAGACAUGCCAGCAGCCCCGACACCAACCACUCGUUCGGCUGUCAAUGGGCCACGCCAAGCGGCUGCCCCAGUUGCAGCGCCCCGAACAACCACCCCAACGGUGCCUCGGAGUGGAACGGCCGCAUUGCCGUCAACACCCACGCUUGUCGCUGACCCACAACGCCGUAGAUGUCCCCUAUGUCGUCGACCCCACCGGCUGCCACAAUGCGUCAUUUUUAAGGGAUUGCCACCUCAACAACGCCAGUUGGUCGUGCAGGCGCACGGCCAUUGUCUCAAUUGCCUGACGCCUGUCCACCAAACUCACGAGUGUACAUCCGGCAAUCUCUGCCAAAUUUGUAUGCGUCCGCAUCACACUAUGUUGCACCGUGCACCUGGGAAUGACACCAGCCAACCUCCUGCCGGCCGCAACCGCGGCGCAGUACAACGACCGCCAUUACGCCGGGAUGCACGGCCCCGUCGAACCAUAGGGCCAUCAUCCUCCUGUGCCCGGCGGCCACAUAAUGGGGCGUCCACACGACGCCAGCAACAACGACCGCGUCCGCGUCGCACCUCAGGCCUCAGCAGCGUCGUAGCCACUCUGCAGCAGCUUCAAAGGAUUCUAGGCUGA